UUCUUCUUUCUCCUCUUCUCACUUCACUUCUUCCUCCUCAGCGCGGGCUCGCGUUGGCGGGAGAGAUGGGAGGAGACCCGUGACUCCCGUGGCGCCAUCUUAGAGCCGGGCGGAAGGGGCAGGAUUCUGUGAGGGACAGCCGAGACGGAGACGUGGACGCGGUACAAUCAUGGCUGCCCCGAGAGGCUCGCUGGCUGGCACCACGUCCGCUGCGAGUGGCAGCACGAACUUGCUCUUUUCUUCGUCAGCCACCGAGUUCAAUUUCACGGUUCCCUUCAUCCCAGUGAGCCAAGCCCCGCCGCCACCGCCGCCUCCAGCCGACGCCUCGGGGCCUGGCCUCCUGCCUACAGAUGACUCCACUGAUGUUGGGGAAGAAGACAGCUUCCUGGGCCAGAUAUCUGCCAAUCCUAAUCCCCCACCAACAUUCAGUUAUUUCUCCCAGGUUCCUAGCGCUAGUGAUCCUUUUGGAAGCAUUGGGCAACCACCCUUAGGAGUGACAUCUCCAUCCCAAACUGGAAUGUCUGUUUUCUCUAAGCCUCCAGUAUCUCUCGCGCUUCUUCCUGGAUCACAAGAUGGGCCAAAUGUUUUCUCAGCAGCUCCAACCCAGUCGCAGUCUUCUAAUACACCACCUACUUCACUACAGGGAAUUGGUUCAUACCAAACAUCCCACCAGAGUGGUGCUCCACCAACUGGCUUUUCAACGCUUCCUCAUGGUACACCUCAGCAAGGCUACAAUCCGUACCGUCACACUACUUUAAGCAGUAGAGCCAAUCCGUACAUCACUCCACCACAGCUUCAACAAAGUCAUACACCCACUGAGAGUGUGCAGCCUCCACCCUCUGUACCACCCGUGCAGAUGUAUCCAACUCCUCCAGGGCCAUUGCCACCGUCAGCACUGUCACCUCAGGCCUCAGUUUCAGCAGGUGCACUGGUAAAGGCGCCACCCAUCUUACUACAUAACCAAUAUGAACCAGUUCAGCCUCAUUGGUUUUACUGCAAGGAGGUCGAAAACAAGAAGCUGUGGAUGCCAUUCAGUGUCUUGGAUUCUACAGCUCUAGAGGAAAUUUAUAAUUCUGUGCAACCUGACCCAGAGAGUGUGGUCUUGAGUACUGAUGGAGGACGUUAUGAUGUUUAUCUCUAUGACCGAGUGAGGAAAGCUGUGUAUUGGGAAGAAGAGGAAUCUGAAGUGAGACGAUGUACUUGGUUUUACAAAGGCGACACAGACAGCAGAUUUAUUCCUUACACAGAAGAUUUCAGUGAAAAGCUGGAGGCGGAAUAUAAAAAAGCUGUUACCACAAAUCAGUGGCAUCGACGGCUGGAAUUUCCAGGUGGAGAAACUAUUGUUAUGCAUAAUCCUAAGGUUAUAGUUCAAUUCCAACCUUCUGCAAUACCAGAUGAAUGGGGUACCACACAAGAUGGUCAGACAAGACCAAGAGUGGUAAAACGAGGGAUCGAUGAUGAUCAUGAGGAAAUUCCUGAUGGUGAAGUAUCUCAAAUUGACCAUUUAGUAUUCAUGGUGCAUGGGAUUGGCCCUGUCUGUGAUCUACGGUUCAGAAGUAUUGUUGAAUGUGUCGAUGAUUUUCGAACAGUAUCCCUGAAACUGUUGAAGACACAUUUCAGGAAGUCAGUUGAAGAGCUCAAAGUAAAUCGUGUCGAGUUUUUGCCAGUUCAUUGGCAUAGUUCCUUGCAUGGAGAUGCAACAGGGGUAGAUAGGAAUAUUAAAAAAAUAACUUUGCCAACUAUUGGACGUCUGCGACACUUCACCAAUGAGACUCUGCUUGAUAUUCUGUUUUACAAUAGCCCCACCUACUGUCAAAGGAUUGUGGAUAAAGUAGGAUUGGAGAUGAACCGUCUGUAUGCACUUUUCAUGAGCAGAAAUCCUGACUUUAAGGGCGGAAUCUCUGUUUCUGGUCAUAGUUUAGGUUCCUUAAUAUUAUUUGACAUACUUUCCAACCAAAAAGACUGGGCUUCUACAGUUAAUUCUGUGGUACCUGUUGCUACAAAUGGUGUUGUAAAGGAUAUGGCUGAAUAUGACCAACAGAUGGUAGUGGAUUCUAACUCAGCCAGUUCCGCACUUUGUCUUUCAUAUGAUGAAAAUGCUGAUCAUGAUGGAGAAGAGGAUAUUCCAACCUUGGAAAGAACUUUGGAAAUGCUUAGCUUGUCUGAGUACAUCAGCACAUUUGAAAAGGAGAAGAUUGACACUGAAUCUCUGCUGAUGUGUACAAUUGAUGAUCUGAAGGAAAUGGGAAUACCUCUUGGACCACGAAAGAAGAUAGCAAACUUUGUCAAAGACAGAGCAGCCAAACAGGAACAGAGGAAAGUUGCGCUGGAGAAAAAGGCAGCAAUGGAUGCCCUUAAAAGGAACCAGGAAGAAUCGGCAAAAAAGGUGGCCAAUUUUACAGCACCUUCAGAGCCUAGUAUGCCUCAGGAUAAAUCCAAGAAAAGACUUCCAGUUGGAGCUUCAGUUUUGUCUGCACAUAUAGAUUAUGAAUAUUUUGAUGUGGGUACUGGGCAGGUGUCGGUGGUAUACAGUGCACUUGACUUUGAGCCAGAGAUUUUCUUUGCUCUGGGUUCUCCAAUCGGUGUAUUUCUGACUGUAAGAGGAGUGGAAAAAAUUGAUGAAAACUACAAGCUCCCCACCUGCAAGGGAUUCUUCAACAUUUAUCAUCCACUUGAUCCAGUGGCUUACAGGCUAGAACCUAUGAUUAUUCCUGACUUCAGCAUAAAACCAGUUCUGAUUCCACAUCACAAAGGCAGAAAGAGACUUCACCUUGAGUUGAAGGAUUCUCUGUCUCGUAUGGGAUCAGAUUUGAAGCAAGGUUUUAUCAGCUCGUUGAAAAGUGCUUGGCAAACCCUUAAUGAAUUUGCACGUGCUCAUACCUCAUCUACUCAGCUCCAAGCAGAACUGGAGAAAGUGGCUCAUCAAAUUAAAGAGGAAGAAGAAAAAAAUGAAGCAGAAGCAGAAAAGAUUGUUGAGAGUCCAGAUUUUUCAAAAGAUGAAGACUUGAAUGUAAAAGUUGGUUUGCUAAACGGAGGCCGGCGUAUUGAUUAUGUUCUGCAAGAAAAACCCAUAGAAAGUUUCAAUGAAUACUUGUUUGCUCUACAGAGCCACUUGUGCUAUUGGGAAUCUGAAGAUACAGCUUUGCUUCUCCUGAAAGAAAUAUAUAGAACUAUGAAUGUCUAUCCUGAACAACCACAGCAUUGAUGUAUGGACGCUUGUCAUGGAGAGCCUCAUUCCUAAUGUUCCUUUUGGUUUGCUAAUAACCUUUCGAAGAGGCAGCGCCAAUUGCCCGGUUACAGAUGACAGACAUACUUUUCCUCUGCAGCCUUCAGAUUCCAUCCAACCUUUUUUUUUUGCCCUGUUAAAGAAAGUGGGGUAUACGAAGAAAAAAAAAUCAAGUCUGCCUUUCAGAAUACACAUACAGUUUCCCCAGGCUUGAAUCAUUUGUGGAAUCUUUGCCAAACCUAAGUGACCCUUCAAGAAGUGUGUGGCAUGCAAAUUCAUCUUUCUAAUAUGCCUGGAUUAGUUGGUUUAUCAAACCUCUGUUUUCUAUUGAGGCUGUAUGUUUUUAUUUAUAAGACAUAUUGUUGAUAAACUGCAAUAACUUUUUGAUUAAUAAAAAGAAUUUUGUCCCAUUUCUUUAAAAAUGUGAAGUAGUUCAAGCUACUUGAAUUCAAAAUUACAUCAAGUCAUUUAUACUUGCUGGAAUGAACAACUAAAGCCAGUUUGUUAUAAUGGAGUAGCCUAAUAUUAAGAUUUUAUAAAAGCCUUCUGAGCCUCUGAUUGUGUGUGUUUUCAUUUUGUUUUUGGUGCCUGUGACAUAAUUUUCUUACUCUAGAUGAUGGAAAAAACUGCUAUGAAGUAGGUGCUGAUCUAUACAUCUUGCUCCGUGUGUGUCUCCACAUAGGGAGCAGUGACUAUCAAGUUGAGGUACCUGAGACUAUAUCUUAUUUGAGGACUGGAUAAGUGCAUUAUGGACUCACAGGAAAAGAGGAUUGUUUUGAAGAUCAUAUUCAGAGGCAUUCUUUUUCUUGCUUUUUCUCUAGUGAAAUAUAUGAUGCUCUAAUGAAUACAUUUAUGAACACUGGACUUCUUCGGCUUAUUUCCUGCUGCUUGUGGUAUUUUAUUUUAUUUGCUGAUUGGCCAGUUUUUCACCAAAAAUAAUAUUGCAACAACUUUUGUUUGUUUCGGUUAUAGAUAGUGGAUUCUUAUGGAUCAGUAGCAUUUUCCUCAAGUAUAUGAUUUUUAGGGGAUGUACCCACAUUAUUUUUUUAUAAAGACAUAGCAGUGUCAUUCUCAGAGAAGGAGGUAUAAAAUAGAAGUAGAGAUUUUGUAACUAGAUCAGCCUUUUCCUGCUGUAGGAGCUGUGCACCUGGUUCAGUACACUAUGCUACAUUUACCUAUUUUAUAUGUCUUCAUAAGUAUGAUAUUCUGGCUGAUAUUAAAAGAUAUUGAGUCUCAGAAAGCAAUGGAAUCUUCCCAGUACUGUUUCUUUUUUCUCAUUCUGAAUGUUGGUGCUCCAUUUAUCAGUUUGAAAUUUCCUGUCAGUCAUUUGUUAAACUAGAACAAAUUCUGUAAGAAGGAUGGCAGAUGAAUCGGCACCUUGUCAAUUGAAAUAGCAAAUGGGAAAGACCUCCAAUAAAUCUUGGAUUAAAUUUG